AUGGCUGAAAUGGGAGGAUUGUUUUCGCGAAGAUUUCUACCAACCAUCUUUGGGUGUCUGCUUCUAUUAUACGUAGCGGAAUACAUUCCGACCGCGUCUGCUGAGGGCCACUGCAUCUGGUACGGAGUGUGCUCACAACCGACUGAGCUGAAGAAAUUGAAUUGUAUGUACAAUGGCACCGCAAAGCCUAUUGAGGAUGGAGUAGCGAGGAAAACUCUGGAGAAAUUCUGUCCGGAUAUAGCGGCGGGUGACGUCAGCUGUUGUGAUGCGGAGCAGCUCAAGAACUUCAACGCCAACAUCGGCAUGGCAUUGAACCUCUUGAACAGGUGUCCAACUUGUGUGGACAACUUCCUCAAACAUCUCUGCGCCCUGACCUGUUCACCCAAACAGAGCGAGUUCUUAAAUCCAGUCAAGAUUGAGCCGUAUAAUGCCACACAUAAACGUAUAUCUGAAGUCGAUUAUCACCUCGGUGCUACCUACAUGAAUGUGACGUUCGAGUCAUGUGCUAGUGUCCAAAUGCCUUCAUCCAAUCAACUGGCUUUCGAUCUAAUGUGCGGUGACUAUGGAGCAGAGUUCUGCACGCCUCAAAGAUUGUUCGACUUUAUGGGUGACGCGGCCGACAGUCUGUACGUGCCCUUCCAAAUAAACUACAUCAGUGGAGACGAGCCUAAAGACGGGUUCAUACCUCAGAACCCCACCGUACUGCCCUGCAAUGUUGGGUUACCGGGACAGCCAGGUUGUUCGUGUAUGGACUGCUCCGCGUCCUGCCCCGCGCCCCCUCCCGCGCCGCCCGCGCCUCUGCCCUUCACCAUAGCCGGGGCUGACGGCUACGCGGUCGUGAUGGCCAUAGUCUUCCUCAUAUUCUCAACAUUAUUCCUCAGCGGAGUAUAUUGUUGUAACCAGCAAGAGAAUGCAGUCGAGUGGGCGCGGGCUGGCGAGCGACACGGCGGCCCAGAGACAAGUCCCCUGCACAGCCAUCGCUCCAGCGUGGCUUCGGAGAACAAUCAAGAGAUGACUACCAACCCUACAGCGGUAGGUUGGUCCAUCGAGCAGGCGGACGGAGGCGAGGCGAGCUUCUUUGAGAAGUUAGGAGCAGACACAGAAACUAAACUUGAAGAUUUCUUCCAAUGGUGGGGAUGCACUAUGGCUUCUAGUCCAUGGAUCGUAUUAUUUUUCGGUCUAUGUUUCGUGGUUGCUCUAGGUCACGGUAUCAAAUACAUGCAAGUUACGACUAAUCCAGUGGAAUUGUGGGCGGCUCCUAAUUCAAGAUCUCGUUUGGAGAGGGAGUAUUUCGACUAUCAUUUCCGUCCGUUCUACAGAACAGAGAUGCUGAUCAUCAGCUCCAAGGGUCUGCCGAAUGUUGAGUACAAGGCUCCCGAUGGAACUGUUAUGGAAUUCGGACCGGUUUUCAACUCACAGUUUUUGUUUGAUGUACUUGACCUUCAGAAUAGGAUCAUGGGUCUAGGUAACGAGACCCGCAUCCAGGACGUGUGUUACGCGCCCAUGUCGUCCCCGUUCGAGGGGCCGGUGACCCCCGAGCAGUGCGGCGUCAUGUCCGUGUGGGGCUGGUGGGAGAACAACCCCGACAACGUGAGGGACGAACUAGAAAAUAAUGAGUACCUGUCAAAAGUACUCUCGUGUGCACAUAACCCCUUUUCGUGUCUGUCUGUGUGGGGCGGGCCAGUGUCUCCGGGCGUUGUUCUUGGCGGGUUCUUGUCUCCGGGCGAGCCUCUUACUAAAUCAUCCCGCUUCCACCGCGCCAACGCUCUCAUACUAACCUUCUUAGUGGAUAAUCAUCACGAUAAAGAUAAGUUGAAACCGGCGUUGGAAUGGGAGAAGGAGUUCAUAAAAUUCAUGAAGAAUUACACUGAGAACGAGAUGCCUUCAUACAUGGAUAUAGCUUACACGUCCGAGAGGUCGAUCGAGGAUGAAUUAGAUCGAGAGUCACAAUCCGACGUGUCAACUAUUCUUGUGUCAUACUUCAUCAUGUUCGCAUACAUCGCUAUAUCGUUGGGAAGAUUUACGACAUGCUCCAGACUACUGAUUGAUAGUAAAGUCACUCUAGGUCUUGGAGGUGUAUUGAUCGUGUUAGCGUCAGUGGUGUGUUCCGUGGGUCUAUUCGGUUUCUGCGGCGUGGCAGCGACACUCAUCAUAGUAGAAGUGAUCCCGUUCCUGGUACUCGCAGUCGGUGUUGACAAUAUCUUCAUACUGGUGCAAACCAGCCAGAGAGAGCCUAGAAGACCGGAUGAGACCAUCGCACAGCAUAUAGGAAGAACUCUAGGUCAGGUGGGUCCCUCCAUGUUCCUCACGUCGGUGUCGGAGUCCGUGUGCUUCUUCCUGGGCGCGCUCAGCGACAUGCCGGCCGUGCGGGCCUUCGCCCUGUACGCGGGCGCAGCCCUACUGGUCGACUUCCUGCUACAGAUCACAUGUUUCGUGGCGCUCCUGGCUCUGGAUACGAGGAGACAGAACGAUAAUAGGUUCGACGUGUUUUGCUGCCUAUCAGGCGCCAAAUCGGAGGCGUCAGAAGGCGCGGGUGAGGGCGCUCUAUACAACCUGUUCCGCUACGUGUACGUGCCCUUCCUCAUGAAGAGGGAGGUGCGAGCCUCCGUUAUGAUCAUAUUCUUCGCCUGGCUUUGCUCCUCAGUCGCUGUGGCGCCACACAUAGACAUAGGUCUAGACCAAGAGCUCUCGAUGCCUCAAGACAGCUUCCAGAUGAAGUACUUCCAGCAUCUGAACAAGUUCCUCAACAUGGGUUUGCCUGUGUUCUUCGUAGUCACGGAAGGAUUAAACUACUCGGAUCAAAACACUCAGAACAUGAUAUGUGGAACAAGAUACUGUAAUGAUGACAGUCUGUCCAUGCAGUUAUAUGCUGCAUCCCGUAUCUCCAACGUGUCAUACAUCGCGCAGCCUCCCAACUCGUGGUUAGAUGAUUUCUUCGAAUGGUCGUCACUGCCUUCCUGCUGUAAACGGUUCCCCGGAAACGAUAGCUUCUGUCCAAACAAUUACGGACCUGAUAAGUGCCAGCAGUGUAACAUACCUCUAGUGGGUCCGGAGCAGCGUCCCGCGCCUAUUGACUUCAACCACUACCUGCCCUUCUUCCUACAAGACAACCCUAACCCUCAAUGCCCUAAGGGCGGCCACGCGGCUUACGGACGAUCUGUGAAUUACGUCGCCAAUAAGGGCGUGAGUCGCGUCGGUGCUACGUAUUAUCAAGCGUAUCACACGGUCCUUAAGACGAGUCGUGACUACUACUCAGCGAUGCGCGCCGCUCGUUCAAUCGCUGCCAACCUAACAGCUACGUUGAACCGUAACGCUAACACGACCGUAAACGUGUUCCCGUACUCCGUAUUCUACGUGUUCUACGAGCAGUACCUCACUAUGUGGCCGGACACUCUCAAAUCAAUGGGGAUAUCUGUUUUAUCAAUUUUCCUUGUUACCUUCGUAUUGAUGGGCUUCGAUUUAUUCUCGGCCUUGGUUGUUGUUAUAACCAUUACUAUGAUAGUAGUAAACCUCGGCGGCCUCAUGUAUUGGUGGGGCAUAAGUCUAAAUGCUGUCUCACUCGUUAACUUGGUGAUGGCAGUGGGUAUAGCGGUAGAGUUCUGCUCGCACUUGGUGCACUCGUUCAGUGUGAGCGCCGGCGCCGGGCGUGUCGCACGCGCCUCGGCCGCUCUCACCACGAUGGGCUCGUCUGUACUGUCCGGCAUUACGCUCACCAAAUUUGGAGGAAUCAUCGUUCUAGCGACUGCAAACAGUCAAAUAUUCAAGGUGUUCUACUUCCGUAUGUACCUGGGAAUUGUGUUAUUCGGAGCUGCCCAUGGCCUCAUCUUCCUGCCCGUCAUGCUCAGCUACAUUGUAUGCGUGUGUACGCCACACUGUCAGUAUGUCAGUAUCGCCGUGUCAGGUGUAAGGGUUGUUCCAGGGUCGCCGGUCAACAGGCAGAAGCUCGCCAAGCAGAGGCUGCGCGGAGCAGAGACCGCUGAGACGUCCUUGUCACGAGUUAAUAUUAUAGGCAUAACCCGCCGUCGAGGACGCUGGCGAGUGGCGUCGGGAGGCGGUCGCACCUACGGCAGUCUAGAAUCUUCGCCAGCCGAGCCCCAAGCCUCCAGCAGCGGCCUCGACAUCACCAAUGAGAUGUAG